AUGGCCAUGAAAACAUCUUUCUCCUUCUCUCUUCUGCUUAUAUUAGCAGCCUUUCUUAAAAAAGCAGCCUUUCUUUCUUCCAGUGCAGUUGCAACAUCCACCUUCGGAGAAGCAGAUGCUCUAAUGAAAUGGAAAGACAGCCUCCUGCAAUCACAAGCUCUCCAUUCAUGGUUGCUUCCUUCUACUAAUGCUAGUACCAUGAGAAUCUCACCAUGCAAAUGGAUUGGGAUCUCAUGCAACAGCCUCGGAAGUGUAACAGAGAUAAGCUUACCUUAUGCCGGCUUGCAAGGGAAUCUCAAGAAUUUGGUUGACUUGGAGAUGUCCAGUAACAAUCUGACUGGUCCAAUCCCACCUGCUUUAGGUAACUUGAGAAACCUUAAAGUCUUGUACCUCUUCAGCAAUCAAAUUUCUGGUUCAAUUCCUGCACAAUUAGGGAAUCUCCAGAAUUUGGUUGAGUUGGUUUUGUGCAAUAACAGUCUGACUGGUCCAAUCCCUCCUGCUUUAGGUAAUUUGAGAAACCUUAAACUCUUGUACCUCUGCCGCAAUCAAAUUUCUGGUUCAAUUCCUCCAAAAGUUGGGAAUUUAAUCAAACUCAACGAGCUUACCCUGGAGAAUAAUCUUCUAACAGCAACAACUUCUCUGGCUAUUUACCACAGUUAUGCCAGGGUGGAUCUCUUAAAGACAUUCACAGCUUUUGACAACCAUUUCAUUGGUGAGAUCCUGAAAAGCCUCAGAAAUUGCACUAGUUUAACUAGAGUGCGACUCGGAGGAAACCAGCUCACUGGAAAUAUAUCAGAAGCCUUUGGUGUAUAUCCAAAUCUCAAAUUCAUGGAUGUCAGCAAUAACAGGUUGUUUGGUGAACUCUCACCAAACUGGGGAGAAUGCCAAAACUUGACAAUGCUACAAUUCUCUGGGAACAUGAUCACUGGUAGAAUUCCUCCCAAGAUUGGGCAGUUGACGCAGCUAGGAGUGCUCGGUCUUUCUUCAAACCAUCUGGUGGGAGAGAUUCCGAAGGAACUGGGGAGGCUGACUUCUUUGUUCAACCUAAGUUUGCAUGAUAACCAGCUUUCGGGUCAGGUACCACAAGAAAUUGGAAAACUAUCCAAUUUGGAGGUUCUUGACUUGUCAAUGAAUCACCUAAGUGGUCCUAUACCACCUCAACUAGGGGAUUGCUCCAAACUCUGGUAUCUAAAAAUGACCGAAAAUGAUUUGAAUGGAAGCAUUCCAUUCCAAAUUGGCAAUCUCAUACACUUACAGGUUGUAUUAGACCUUAGCCAUAACUCGCUAAAUGGAGAGAUAUCACCACAACUUGGGAAAUUGCAAAUGCUGGAAAUGUUAAACCUCUCCCACAACAUGUUGUCUGGCUCGAUUCCAAAAUCUUUUGAAGGGAUGAUCAGCUUGCAAUCCAUAGAUUUUUCAUACAAUGAUUUAGGAGGCCCUAUUCCUAUCAGCAAAACCUUUCAGAAGGCUCCUGCAAAGGCAUUCAUAGAAAACAAAGGCUUAUGUGGUGAAGCGCAAGGUUUGAAACCCUGCAAUGCCCCUUCAACAAGCUAUGGUGAUGCAAGGAAAGGACACCAAGUCAUCUUCAUUAUUCUUCCUCUAUUAGUGGCCUUAUUUCUUUUAUUUUUGGUCGUUUGCAUUUCUUCCAUUUAUUACCAACGAAGAAGAAAUCCGGAGCAAUUGGUUCUUGAAAGGAGCAGCGGAAAUCCAUUUUCAAUAUGGAAUUAUGAUGGGAUUCUCGUGUUUGAAGACAUCGUGGAAGCAACAGAGGGUUUUGACGACAUAUACUGCAUCGGAAUUGGAGGGUAUGGGAAAGUUUAUAAAACAAAUCUCCAAACAGGCCAGGUAGUAGCUGUGAAGAAACUUCACCCACUCGAAGGUGGGGAUCAAUCUGAUCAAAGAAGUUUUAGAAAUGAGAUACAAGUAUUAACAGAAGUCCGUCAUCGCAACAUUGUGAAGCUUUAUGGCUUUUGUUCUCAUGCUCGAUGCUCGUUUCUAGUCUAUGAGUACAUGGAAAGGGGAAGCUUGACAAGCAUCCUAAGCAACGACGAAGGAGCAAUACAGUUGGAUUGGACUACUAGGGUGAAGGUUAUUAAAGGUGUGGCUCAUGCUUUAUCUUACAUGCACCAUGAUUGCACCCUGCCGAUUAUCCAUCGAGACCUAUCAAGCAACAAUGUUCUGUUGAAUUCGAAACUUGAAGCUAAUGUCUUUGACUUCGGCAUUGCACAAUUGCUAAUACCUGAUUCAUCCAAUUGGACUACGCUUGCAGGAACUUAUGGAUACAUUGCUCCAGAGCUUGCAUAUACCAUGAGGGUGACUGAAAAAUGCGAUGUAUAUAGCUUCGGUGUUGUGGCACUUGAAGUGAUGAUGGGAAGGCAUCCCGGGGAGCUCAUUUCCUCUUUAACGUCACCUAAUAGACAAGACAAACUGCUGAAGGAUACAUUGGACCAACGUCUCUUGGAUCCAAUGGUUGAGGUUGAACAAGAAGUUGCAUUUACAGUGUCCAUGGCACUUGCUUGCAUUCGGUCAAAUCCAGACUCUCGGCCAACCAUGCAUCACGUGGCUCAGGAGUUAUCUGUUGGUGGACCUUCUUUUCUCUCUAGAACCAUUCAAUGCACUUGCAUUAUGUCAACUGAUGGAUCUGAAAGUAUAAUUGAUUGGGUGAAAAUUCCUCAGAUUGUGGGUCUGUAG